AUUGUGGAGAGUGAUCAAGGCAAAAGGGGCUCUUUGCAACAAGUCAAUGUGACCCCUGCUCAAUUGUGAGAAAUGGCUAGAGUUCGCAAUACUAUUCCCCGCCAAAUCUUUAAUAGCCAAAGGCUUUGAUAAAUUGUCCAUUGGCAGCAUUUUAUAAGGAUGCUUUGGCAGCUCUUGUUUCUCUAUCAGCAUUUAUGUUUUCAUACUUUCCUUACUUGCUUUUAUGACACUAUGGGAGUGAUUGGAGUUUCUGUUGGAUAUGUACCAUUGCAAUUUGAAGUAGUAGUUAGUUCAAGUAUUAGAUUGGUUUGAUUCAGUUUGACAUGGUAGAGUAUGGAAUUUGUUUCUAACGUGGUUGCAAAGGCUAGGAUGACUCUCUCUCUCUCCUGUAUCGUUUGGGAAUUACAGGAGAAAUUGCAAUACAGACAAUUUAAGAAAAAGUAAACACUGGUUUCAGAAAUUGAAUUUUUUUUUUUUUUUUGAAAACAGGUUGACACAAACAUGUUUUCUGCUUUCACUUUUUUUUAGGAUAAGUAGAAACUGAUUUCAGCAAACAAAAAACAGGAAACAGAAAAGUGGUAGCGUUACCAAACAUAGCCUUAACUUUCCAACAUUUACCCUUUAAACUUUUUUAAAAAGUUACUUUUUUUUUUUGAAAAUAGUAAAGGCAAAAAGGACAUUUAGUUCAUUAAAAAGUCAAAUGGGCAAACAUUUUGGUACAUGUAAAAGUCAAAAAGUGGACGAACAAAUCGGGAUGGAGGGAGUACCUUAUAAAAUUCCAGCUAUUCCAAUGCCCAUUCAAUCACAUGGUGAUCCUCCUGUUCGGAGAUGAGAUAGCAUUUGCAUUUUAUAUUUAAGUCUACUUAUAGGCUCUUUUUCAAGAAGUACAGCCUGGAUUUCCUACUCUUUCCUUGGUUUAUCUAGCGCUCCUCGUUUCAGAUCCAAGAGAAGUAUAGCUUGUCUUCCCUUCCCAUCAACACUUCACUGCGUCCCGAAGUCCCCCUUCUUAUGGUUUAUCAAGACCUCCAAGUGUCACAGCUUCCUUUUUCUUCCUGAGGAUCCGAACCACUUCGAACAAGGCUCUAAUGUGACAAUUUGCUCCUCUGGGGGGCCUCAAUUGUCCUCAGGUCCCCCAAAAGAGACCUCCCAGGGGGUCACGCAUUCUUGUCCCCUCUCAUCCCAGAGCCGUCUUCUAUCAGCAACCAAGGAAGGUAACAUCUGGCGACCAUCUUUUUCUCUUAUUCCAAGUCUGACAUUUGCCAUUUCAUAAGUGGUGAAGGGAAAGAGAAAUGGAUGCUCCUCACAAAGAUGAUAAAGAGGAUCAGCAAGCACCAAACUCUCCAGCUGUUGGGUGGACAGGGAUGAUAGAACAACAAUAUCGGAGAAUUAAAGAAAAUGCAGAAGCUUACCCGUAUGUAUGGGGUUCCUACAUUGUUGUGUAUGGGGGGUUUAGCCUCUGGUUUGCCUACAGAUUUAGGAAGCUCCGCAGGACAGAGGACAGAGUUCGAGUUCUUCAAGAUAGGCUCCGUAAUCUUGUAGAAUCGAAGGAGUCAACAAGCUCUGUGGCAGCUCAAAAGGCACCACCACCCCCGCCUGCUGAUAAAGGCUGCUAAUAGUAUGCAGAUUGCUUUGACGAACAGAUUUCGAUGCCCUUUUUGCCGUUGUCCACCAUACAAGUCAAAAUCAAGUAGAACAUUUAGCCCUCCCGCCAGCAGAAGAUGGGAACGUUUGCUUCCAAAGCAGUUGCUGGACGAAACCACCCCGAGAUUUACAAGAUUCGGGAAAAAGCGGCAGUCGUCGUUGUGUUGUGUCGUCCGGUGAUGGCAUCUCUGGGAGGGCUGUUGGGUGGACUGUUCAAGGGCACUGACACAGGGGAGUCCACCAGGAAGGUUCAUUCUCAAAAUGUUUCUCGCAUCAACUUAUCCUUAGAAUCCCCUCUACGAUUCCGAAUUGACAGACAAGGCUUCCUUUUCAAGGAACGUCUCUCUCUCUCUCUCUCCGAUGUGAAAAUGGUGGAUUGGGGUUGGCAAUAAUUUGAAACCGAUUACCGAAGCGAUAA